GGCUCUUUAUUUAAACCUCUCUCUCCUCUCCCUCCUUUCUCCCCCAAAACGCAUCGCAAGUAACCGCCCUCGAUCGUUCUAUUUCUUGGCCCUCGGUGAUGGAGUACGAGCGGCGGCUCGUCGUGGCGGCGGAGCUUGUCCUCUCGAGCGAUCGCCGGGACGAAGGCCGCCCUCCUCUGGACCCCUCCGACAUCGGGGUCUCGGCAGCACUCAAACCCCACCAGCUCGAAGGCGUCGCCUGGCUCGUCCGGAGGUACGAGCUCGGAGUCAACGUCGUCCUUGGAGAUGAGAUGGGUCUUGGGAAGACUCUGCAGGCUAUUUCUUUCCUGAACUAUCUGAAGAUCCAGUCCAUGUCACGUGGACCUUUCUUAAUAUUGUGUCCUCUAAGUGUCACCGAUGGUUGGGAAUCAGAAUUUUCCAAAUUUUGUCCAACUUUAAGAGUUCUGCACUAUGUUGGUGAGAAGGGACAUCGUUGCGGUCUUCGAAGGAUGAUGUAUGAGCAUUUGCAAAGGCAGUCUACAUCCUCUGAUCAGCAGGAGUUAUCCUUUGAUGUGUUGUUGACAACCUAUGACAUAGCAUUGUUAGAUCGGGAUUUUCUUUCUCAAAUCCCCUGGCAUUUUGCUGUAAUUGAUGAGGCUCAACGGCUGAAAAAUUCAUCCAGUGUUUUGUAUAAAGUACUUGAACAACACUUUGUCAUGCCAAGACGUUUGUUAUUGACAGGAACCCCUAUUCAAAAUAACCUCUCUGAGCUGUGGGCUUUGAUGCACUUUUGCAUGCCAUCUAUUUUUGGGACGCUGGAACAAUUCCUUUUCACAUUCAAGGAAGCUGGAAAUUCAUCACCAGGUGAUGUGUCAGAUAAGGCAAAAAGGCAACUCAAAAUACUUAAAUAUAUAUUGCGAGCGUUUAUGCUCCGGAGAACAAAAGCACUGCUUGUUAAGAGUGGAAUUUUGAUGCUGCCACCGCUUACUGAGAUCACAGUGUUGGUUCCUUUGGUAUCCCUACAGAAGAAAGUCUACAUGUCAAUACUGAGGAGGGAACUUCCAACACUUCUUGCAUUAUCAUCAGGAACUUCUAGUCACCAAUCGUUGCAGAAUAUUGUAAUACAACUCCGGAAGGCAUGCAGUCACCCUUAUCUGUUUAAUGGAAUUGAACCUGAACCAUAUGAGGAAGGCGAGCAUCUGAUACAGGCUAGUGGUAAACUUAUUAUAUUAGACCAACUACUUCAGAAACUCCAUGCAAGAGGACACCGUGUUCUGCUAUUUGCUCAGAUGACUCAUACACUGGACGUUCUUCAGGACUUCCUAGAAUUGCGGAAUUUCACCUAUGAACGCCUUGAUGGAUCUGUACGUGCCGAGGAGCGUUUUGCUGCAAUAAGAAGCUUCAGCCAGCAAACAGUUAAAGUCACUUUAAAACAUCAUGAUAAUCAAAAUGGGGCUUUUAUUUUUCUGGUCUCAACGAGAGCAGGAGGAGUUGGUCUUAAUCUUGUGGCUGCAGAUACAGUUAUAUUUUAUGAGCAAGACUGGAACCCCCAAGUGGACAAGCAGGCUUUGCAGCGUGCUCACCGCAUUGGUCAAAUGAACCAUGUCUUGUCUAUAAAUCUAGUAACAGAACAUACCAUAGAGGAGGUAAUUAUGCGAAGAGCAGAGAGAAAGUUUCACCUCAGCAAUUGUGUGGUUGGACAAGAGAAUGAAGUACAAGGAGCAGGGAAAGAUGUUGGGUUUGAUUCUGGUGACAUGCGAUCUCUCAUUUUUGGACUCCAAAUAUUUGAUCCGGCGGAUCUCAACAAGGGUACCACAAAUGGAGAAAAUAUGGUACAAUUAAAUGCAAUGACUGAAAGGGUGCUCAAAAUGCGUAGUCAUGAGCCAUCAGACAAGGACGAUCACAAGUGUGAAAUUAAUCCAAGAGAUAUGUUGAAUAGCACUGAUGUGUUUAUGAGAACUAAUUCUGCCAUCACCAGUUUUGACCCUGAACUCGACGAGGCUUCAUAUCUAUCUUGGGUUGAAAAGUUUAAGGAGGUUUCGCAAGCUACAGAGAGUUCCACUCCAGAGCUGGAAAAGAGAAGAUACUUGUCAGAAGAAAAACAAUUAAAGCAUGAAGCUGAUAGGAAAAAGGCAGAGGAGAAGAAAUCGGCCAAGUGGGAAGCUCUUGGUUACCAAUCAUUGGCCGUCAAAGAUCCUGAUUUCAUGGUGGAUAAUAAUAUGAUGUCAGAUGUAGGGUCCAUCCAAUUUGUGUAUGGAGAUUGUACUGAUCCAUCAAAAAUUUGCCCUAUGGAGCCUGCUAUAAUAUUUAGUUGUGUAGAUACUUCUGGAAAUUGGGGACAUGGAGGAAUGUUUGAUGCUCUAGCUUCGCUUUCUACAUGCAUACCAGAUGCUUAUCACCGAGCUUUUGAAUGUGGCGAUCUUCAUCUGGGAGAUCUUCACUUAAUAAAGAUAAAUGGAACCCACAGUGACAAAGGUGAUGUCCUAGAUGUUCCUUUGUGGGUGGCACUAGCUGUUGUGCAGUCAUAUAAUCCAAGACGUAAAGUUCCCAGGAGUGAUAUCUCUAUAACUGAUUUUGAAAGAUGCUUGUCAAAGGCAUCUUUCUCGGCUGCUCAGAAUUCUGCAUCUAUUCAUAUGCCACGCAUUGGCUAUGGAUCCCAACAUUCUGAGUGGUACACAGUGGAACGCCUCCUUCGAAAGUAUGCUUCAAUCCAUGGCAUUAAAGUUUUUGUGUACUACUUCCGUCGUCCAUCCAAAGAACAAUAAAAUAUGAACAUAUGAGGUUCCCAUGAGAAGCCAAGCUAUCUUGUGAAGAACGCUGUAUAUAAGCAUCAACUGCUAUGUUACCAGGAAGAAAAAUCUAUAAGAUGCUGGAAGUGUCUGUUUACCUUUCUCAUCCAAGCUUUUAGGUUUAACGUUAGGAGAAAAUGUUUGUAACUGCAGCUUAAAAGAAAUAUAGGGUCAUGUAACUAUGGCAAAAAAAAAAAAAAAAAUACAGCAAAACUGCGAGACUAAAUCAUUGUUUGACUCACCGCUGUAUCUACGGAUGGAUAUCAAAACCAGCUUUUUGGCAGUAUCCAUUGAAGUAGUUGUAAUUUUGGUAAAUCGUUUUCUGUUCAGACUACUCUAUUUUUGACUAAAUACAUUACAGCAUCUUUUAACUCA